CCUAUCGACAAUUUGUCUGCUGCAAUGGUAACUAACAAACAUAUCGCGUUUUGGCACUUUGGCCUCUUCUCAAUCAUAUAGACUAACUCAAUAUCCUCAUGAUCAGCGUCUGACGUCACAACAGACCAGGAUCAUGUCAAUGAUGAAUAUAUGGGCCUUACUAGAGCUUGUCCUGCUCCGACUUUAUAAGUGCAAGCUCACCCCCUGUAGCCCGCUCUUUCAUUCUGUUCCGCUUCUACUUACUCCUCCAAGGCAUCUUCUUACUUUUAUUACUAUACACAUCCAUGGCUUGGAGAUCUUCAGGAUCAAGCAGCGCAGAACUGAUCAGUAACAUGAUGAGGCACGGUCUCGUCAACUCACCCCGUGUGGCGGAAGCCAUGAAGAAAGUUGACCGAGCUAACUACGUUAUCGACCCCACGUAUGCUUAUGAGGAUUCCCCCCAGCCAAUUGGCUACGAUGCUACUAUCUCAGCACCACAUAUGCAUGCCCACGCCACAGAGAACCUUCUCCCCCUCCUCAAACCCGGUGCCAAAGUUCUCGACAUUGGUUCCGGAUCUGGGUACCUCUGCGCAGUCUUUCACCAUCUCGUUGGGCCUACUGGGAGAGUGGUUGGUCUUGAGCAUAUCCCAGAGCUCGUUGACUGGUCCGUCCAGAAUCUGGACAGGGACGGCUUAGGUGCAGCUAUAAAGGGUGCUCAAAUCAUAAUGGUUGCCGGUGAUGGCAGACAAGGGUUCCCUCGGGAAGCGCCAUACGAUGCAAUUCACGUUGGUGCAGCUGCACCCAGGUUGCCUAAGGCGCUGGUGGACCAACUCGCCAGUCCUGGCCGUAUGUUCAUUCCAAUCGGGACGCUCAGCCAGAGCAUCUACCAAGUGGACAAAGAUGAGCAUGGGAAUGUCACGCAGAAAGAAUUAUUCGGUGUUAUGUAUGUUCCUCUGACCGAUAGGAGGAUCUGAGGAACUGAAGGUACUACUAGUGUAAGAUGUGAGAUCUGGUCGGACAGUGUUCAUUUGUAUCAUAGUCUUCAGCUUGUACGAAUUCAACAAUGUAUCAGUAGUACGAAUCAGCCUAAAUCACAAUGGAUCUUACAACA